AUGAAGCCAAGCAUCACCGAUUACCUCAAAACUGAAGUCCUAAUACUAGAUGGUGGAAGUGGCUCAGAGCUAGAAAACAGAGGCCUUACAAUUGGUAAAAACCCGUUCUGGUCGACAGUUCCCUUCUUAACUAAAGAUGCUUCUCAGUUAAAUAUUGUGAGGGAAAUGUAUAAAGAUUUUCGCGACGCAGGAGCAAGGGCAUUGAGCACUAUUACCUAUCAGUCCAGUUAUCACUCUCAUAUUAAGUACGGUGAUGGUUCAGUUACCAAUCGCCAGGAAUAUUCCGACUUCUUAGAUUAUAUUAUUGGGUUUACUUACGAAAAAUGCAUAGACAGUGACCAAGACUAUCUUAUUGGAUCAAUUGGACCAUAUGCUUCCUACCUUAGCGACGGAAGUGAAUAUACUGGCGAUUACGGUUUUGCAACAAUCAACUUUGCCAGUUACUAUGAGCCUCAGGCUACAAAGUUCGCCAGUGACAGUAGAAUUGAUCUUAUAGCGUUUGAAACUAUCCCAAAUCUUGAAGAAAUUACGGCUAUUAUGCAGCAAGAGUUUACCGGAAUGUUGCAGGGCAAGCCAUUUAUCAUAAGUAUUUCAACGGAUAGAGAAGGUAAUAUGAGAGAUGGGACCACGCCCGAGAGACUCUGUAACACCAUCAGACAGCAUAUGGGAACAUUUCCUCCUAAUCUUUUGUCCUUCGGUAUUAACUGUGUAGAAUUUCAAAGCUCUGAUAUUAUCCUACAGAAACUCAAUUCGUUACUCCACGAUUGUCCUGUAAAAUUCCAUGCAGUUUAUCCAAACUCGGGUGAAUUGUACGAUGCGAAGACCGCAAAAUGGCAACGUAACAUGAAUAUAACUUUUGAACCUACUUGGGAACAUCUAGUUUCUAAGUUUCUCGCGCAAGGCUGUAAGAUAAUCGGCGGAUGCUGCAGAACGACCCCAAAGGACAUCAAGCAGAUUGCAGAUGCCGUACGGAAAUAG